CCGAUGUUGGACACGGGGGGUUGGGAAAGCCUCAGCCACGUGUUAUAGCCUUUCCCGUUUAGAAGAGGCGUUUUUAUAGCAACAGGAAGCUUACUUACUUUCUAAUUACGCUCUGAAACUAAUAGAGGAAAAGAGCAAUUCUUUUGAAGGCAGGAAGCUAAGCAGCUAAUCGUGUGCUGGAGUGCCUAUUUCCAGGGGGAUGUACGAGUACUCUAGGGCCACUGAGCUGCCAGCACAGCUGUCUGUAAAUGUCUGUAAACCACAGUGUGGCUGGGAGGGGGUUCACAGCACCCACCAUUAGGCACCUGCUUGUCCUCAGUCACCGGAGGGAGGGGCUGACAGAUGAGGGGAUUUGGGGAGGGGAAUCUCUAGCAAUAUUUUUUACUAAGUGUAGAUGAAGGAUAAUGGAAAUGGUGCUCUAAAGCAGGCUAGCUGCUUUAUUACACUGUGCCAUGAUGGCCAGCUCUGGGCAACUUCCGUGAAUUGUCACUAGAAAUAACAAGCUUCCCUCUAGAAAGCUCCAAUUUCUUCACUCUUCUCCAUUUUUAGAGGCCAAGCUUUCUCUGAUAUUAAAGGCAGAGGCAUGGGACGAAGCUCCCUUACUCUGUGGAAGUUCUGUGGUAUGCAGCAUGGGAUGUGGUGCUACACCACCCCAAUGCCACUGUAGUGGGUGCCAUGCAGCUCUGCUGCCCAAAGGAGCGUGUUCCCACGUGCUGGGGAAGGUGCAGGAUCCCCCUCCAGACCCCUCUGUAUUAGCUUGCAGAGCGCUUUUGGGUAUUUCGAUCGUGUCUUAUUUAACCCCCUAGAGGAUGAUUACGGAAGUGAAGCUUGUAAAAUGAGCAGCAGUGAGGCAGGGCUCAGCCUCUGGACACGUGUGUUCCCAGCUGAACCUUUCAGCAGGUUCAAAAUGUUCCCUGCCCCUGCAACCCACUUGAUCUGUUUCCUCUGAGCACAUCCAGUCUAUUCCAAGCCACGUAAACAUGAACUUUAGCUCUUCGGGGAGAAGAGGAAAGACAAAAUUGCUCCUGUCACUGUGUUACAGGCAUUCAGCUUCAGCUGAGCUUCAGCUAACCUCUCACAGGUGUGAGUGAAGGUUUCUCUUAGCAGCCUUUAGCACAAUCAUAAAGAGUCUGCAGAGCUCCGUUUGUGUUCUGCUGCAUUGCAGAGCUGUGCUGGGAAGCUCACAGAUCCCACCGUGCCCUGUGCGACAUAAGGGACUCUAUGGAACAUAAGGGACAUGCAUGCCUGCAUUUUUAAAAUGCUCUUUGUCAAGGUGACUUGCAAAAGCGUUUCUUUGCCCCCUUUCUACUUAUUUCACCCGCAUUCUGGUUGCUCUGUAUCAGUGACAGGUGCUGCCUCGGGGUUUAUUUGUCUCAUGCUCUUUGUGGAUAGCCCGGAGAGGGGACACGCACCCCGAUGCAGAAAAGCAGCCACGUCUUUUUCAAAUGAGGUGGGAAAACCGCGCUCCACGCUUCCUACUGCUCUUAGUUUGGAAAACAGCCAGGCUCUCAAGAAGAAAGGAUGCACUGAGACAAUUCUGCCUUUGUACUGCGUUUGAUAGAUAAUCUCGAAAGCGGCCGCGAAUGAAAAGCAGCUGGAAACGGGGAGGACGAGGGGCAGCUGUGGGUCAGGGUCAGCUCUCCCCAGCCGGGCGCUGCUCUGCGACGGCGCGAGGCGCAAACCGAGAAGAGCUUUUUCGCCAAGUGCUCGUUCUGCGACCGCUCCAUCCCGAGCCGCUCCAGGCUCGGCUCGGAGCGCGGAGGCACGGCGGGGCGUUCCGGCCCCGCAGCCCCCCCGCUGCCUCCGUCCCUCCCUCCCUGUGGGAGGCGCCCGGCGCCGCUAGAAAAGGACCGGCAGCCGCGGAGACACCGGAGUGGAGUGCCGCUGGAAGCCGGCGAGGUAGAUUUGCCUUCUCGGCUCUUCCCCUUUGCGGACCUCCCGUCUGGGUGCAACGAUGUGGUUCUUGGACAAGAUCAGAGCGUCACAGGGAAGCAGGAACCUCCCGUGCACCUCCUUCUUGGGCCUGCCACCCAGCCAACAUCUGCUGGAAAAAGCCCGCCUGGGGGCUGCUGCUUUUCCCAACGUGCUCACCCCGGACAGAAUCCCGGAAUUCUGCAUCCCCCCCCGGCUGAGCACCGCUGCUCCUGCUGGCUCCCGCCAGCACCGCGGUUCGGAGGAUGCACAUCUCAGUUCUGCUGACCACAGCUCCAGCUCUUCUUUGCCCCACUUCAUCCAGGUGGAAAGUGCUGAAGAGUUCCCAGUGCUUGAGGAAGAAGGCACCAACUCAGAUCCGCAGUCCCAAGCAGCGCUCUCCCUGCCUCACUUCCCCAGAGCUCCCACUUCCUACGGCUUCUGCACUUUGCUGGAGAGUCCCCACACCAGGAGAAAGGAAUCGAUCUUCCACGGUGACACAUGUGGGGCUCUGCCCAGCCUGACGCUGCCUCGAUCCAGAGCUAACACAUUCGGUGGCAAAGGGAACACGUCCAAUCCCAUCGCUAUCAGCUUCACGUCGGUAAGGCUGCCUCCCAGGCACCUGCGCAGGCAGGGUGCUUGCGACAGCGACACUGCCUCCUCCAGCGACUCCUCUCCUUUCAGCUCCCCGCUUCUCAGCAGAUCGCCUCCCAGAUCCUGCUCCUUGGUCAAGGCACGAAGUCAGGAAGGGUUGCUCUGCCGAGCACUGAAGGCCAAGAACAAAUCUGGCAUGUCCAGGAAUAAUUCUCUGUCUACAGAGGAGAGCAGCUCCACUGAUAACAGCCCCAGUGCCAUCAGGCGGGCCUCGGAGGGGCUGCUCGCUGCACGGAGCUGCAGUGUGUCUUGUUCUCCCCUCUUUCCCCUGGACUUUGCCCGUGGCCGGCAGAGACUGGUGGGAGAGAGCACAGUAGUCAUGGACAAGGGGGGCAUGUUGAGGCUGUCAGCUGAAUACUGCUCAGAAAAUGAAAGGCUGAGGAUCCGUCUGAUCAGUGCAGAGGGUUUAUAUGAUGACUCUGUAGAGCCCAAAAACAUAAACUGCUGCAUCACCCUCUCCCUGGUGCCAGGGAAAACACAGAAGCAGAGAAGCACUGUUAUAAAGAGAAGCAGGAAUCCCAUCUUCAAUGAGGACUUCUUUUUUGAUGGCAUUGCAGAGGAAGAACUCCUCAGCCACUCUGUGAGGAUGAAAGCAACAAAUAAAGGGUGCAGCAUGAAACGGGACUACACCUUAGGAGAACAGGAGUUGUCUUUAAUGAGUAUGUUGUCCUUGUAAUACUUCAAACAGACUGAUUUUGUAUUCUGAAAGUUUUCUACUAAAUAAAGUUUUGGUUUCUUUUUCUUAUAGAAUACUUGAAAACACUGUGUCAUUUGGUAUUGUUUUCAUGCCAGUGUGCCUUUACACUUUGAGCUCUGCAAGGCAUUUGUUGCUAAAUUCCAUGGUGGCUGUGGAGCAGAGCUGCCUGUGAAGGUGAAGAAGAAAGGAGAAGGGCUGGUUUGCCAUUAGGAUCAAGUGUUAAGCAGAUUCCAAGUUAAAGCUGUUUUGUUUAUGGUUCUGAGGAGGAAAAAGGGUUGUUUUUCAUUUCCUCUGAUCCCUAAAGCACACACUCAGCAUGUGCAUGCAGCAGGCACUAAACUCUGGCAGCACCCAGGUAAUAGAUCAGUUAAAUAGACCGUUUUAACAGCACCCAUAUUUACAGGCAGGAACAUUUUAAUGUGCCUUAUGUUUGGGGAGCGAGAGAGAUGGUUCAUUUGGUAACUCCCCCUUCCAGAACAUGGGGGGAGGAUUUGGAUUUCCAAAACAGGCAUUAACAGUUUUCCUUGUUUUGAAAAUAACGCAGUCAGCUUCUGCUGAGCAGCAGCUACGUGCUGCUGUGUGCAGGCUCAGCUCUCUCUCACUGACCUGUGCUGUCACAUUACGCAGUCAGGUGACUCCUGCUUUGCGUCACUAUGGAGAGGGUGACUGCUGUUAGCGCACUUAGCAUCUUCAUUUACCCUUCCUUUCCGUGGUUGAUUUCACAGCUGCCUGGGUGAAGUUGCCAGGUAAUUGUGUUUUGAUCAGGAACGUACCCUGGAGCUCUAGCUUUCAGCAACUGAGCUACUGCAUCCCUUCAUAAACUAAGGCAGAGAGAUCCAUGCUGGAUGGGCAAAAGAUGGCUUGGGAUCUCUGCACUGAAUUCCUGCUGCAGCUACUAACUUGUCGUGUACCUUCUUCAAGGUAUCAGGAUGAAAUAAGGAUCUCCUUUUUCUGUGCUGUACCAGCAAACAUUGAGUGGCUGAGGUGCUGGCUUUAACAUCAUAAGAACUUUAAAGCUGCAUUCUGGAGGCACCUCCUCCUUCCCUUUUUUUCUCAUUUUUUUCUCUGCUGAAGUGGGCUGUGCAAGUGCGAGGAGGCAGAAAUUGUCUUGAAAGUCCAGGACUGUUGCUGCACCCCCCCCUUGAUUAAAUUACAGGUAGAUAGGCAGGGGGCCAUAGGAAAAGGUUUUUUUCAGAGUUCAUUAAGAGGCUGUAAAAACAGGGCUUUGCUUAUGCCAAAUCUACAGCUUAAAAGCUCUUUCAAAUAGAUUUCUAGCAGAUCCUCCCCCUGCUCCAUUCUGGCAAGAGUACAACUAUGUGCAAUCCAUGGGCCUAUUCAUGGGAGGUUGUGGUACUGUCUGUCCACCUAAGUAUUUUAUUCUCUUUCAGGCUUAACUACCCCAGGAAGGAUUUUCUUCCUUGGAAUAGCAGAAAAAGCCCAAAAGAUGUUAAGUGUGAUGGUGAGUGCUCAGUGCUAGUCCUUGGUCCAUCUCAUGUGAGAAACUUCUUAAAACAAUCUCCGUACAAAGCAUAACUUGCACAGGGGAAGGUAUAAUUCCCAGAAGAUGAUUAAAAUCAAAUGUAACAAUAAUCCCUGAUUGCUAAAGGAGAGAAUUAAAUGUCCUGAUACAUACUUGCACAGCAGGAGGUGAUACACUGACACCUGAAUUCUUGAGUCUGGGCAAACUGGCUACUGGAGCACACAGAAAGCCAAGGGGGAGAAAUGAAAUUAAGAACAUAAUUCCAAGGAAGAAUCAGUACUGCUGCAAAAGAAACAAAGCCUUUUUAAAUGCUCACUGUAUGCCAGACUGACUUUCAAUGAGCUGUUUCUUCCUGCUUCUCUGUUAUUGUAUUGAAUUCCCCAGAGGAAAUCAAGUGCUUCUUCCUCAGGCAGAUGACAUAUCACAGUUUUAGUCCUUGGAACUUGAAGUUCCUUCACAGGUAUACCCACACAGAGAACGAGGCCGAUGUAAUACAGAAGAGAACAUCUAUGGUGUCAGAGGUUCACCUGCACUCACGCUACAGUGCAUGUCCACAUGCUGUGCCACUGCUGUACCACGGGGACAAAAAGAUGGAACAGCUGAGGUGGGAAGGAGCACUGGAGACUACACUGCAUAAAUCCUGCUGAGAGCAGUGUCCUUUUUAUUGCUCCCCAUCAGCCGUUCAUACACAAUUAUGGGAUCUUUCCCGAAUGUUCUCUUCACGAUGCCAGAGGGCAUAAUGUAGCAUCAGAAACAGGUGGUAGGUGGUUGUAAACUUUUAUCUUUCAUCACGCAGGGAUGGAAUGAAGCACUUGGAGAAAGUCCUCCAUUCCUGUAAUAAGGAAAUAGGUUUCCAGCUGGGUUCAUGUAGGCAGGUAUUUGGAGAGGAAAAACCUCUGGUCAGCUGAAAGAGAAUUGAGCUGUUUCUAAUGUUCUUUAAAAAUGACUUAUUUCUGAGAAAGUCUCCUUACAGAAGUUUGAUGAUGAUAGGUUUGCCUGCUAAGGGAUGACGUGGGCUUAUUUUCUUGUGAUCUCAGAGCUGAACUAGACUGAAGUGGUGAAUUCCUACAAUGCUGCCUAUGCUGCAGCUGCUUUCCAAUAGCGUCAGUUGUCUUGGGGCUGUUACGUGAAACACCUGCAUGAGCAAACAAGAAUGCAACCGGAUACUUCAACCUGAAAAAAAUCGUGAUGCUUCAGUGCUAGUGUGAGUCAACAGCAAGAAGAAAAUCCACCUGCUAGCACUAGAAAACAGCUCCUCAGAGUUAAGAGAAGUCCUGAUCGGAAGUUUUCUAACUUUUAAAAUGCUAUAUAGGAAAAGGUGGUACCCUACGUGGCUAUCUCAAACAAAACUCCAGUUUGGAGUAGUAUGAUCAGAGGUGUUCAGUGGUGCUCACUGGCCAAAGAAUCACCUGGUAACAGCAUGUUUUAAAAACAGUGACAAAUAUUUGAGAAAAUAAGUUCUUUCUGCCAAGAUCCCAUGUUCUUGUUUUGCUAUGCAAAUAUUAUCUGUUUCUGCUGCACUGGAUGUACUAAUUGUGCUGGCCUUUUGAAACGGAGUUAUUUUAGGCAUGCCUCUUCAGAUGGUUGUGGACAAAUGUUACUGCAAAGCAAGUACUUCCUUAUUUUGAUGCCAUUUUCCUAUUAUUAAAUCAGAAACAAACCAAUGCAGAUUGCACUCUGCAGUGUAAAAUGCAGUUCCUGUAACUGUGCUACUUUUCAUGUAAAUAUCAGGAAUAGCACCAUGGGAAGGAAAUAUCUAUGACCUCAAAAGCCUGAGUGCACAGAUGUGCAGAUCAGGGAUUAGGAGACACAGUUACUGCAGUAUCACAUUCCAGCUAUGGCACCACUUGUUCCAAGCUGCUCCUAUUUUUUCAGACCAGCUCUAAAAAGGCAGUGCUGAAAUGGCACCCAUGCUGUCUCGGAGCCUGUCUUGGGAAGGAGCUCUUGAAAGAGGAUGGCCACUGUAGAAGAUGCAGGGAAAAACUGGAAGUGUUGUCAGAAAAUUUCUUCGGAUUUAAUAUAACGUAACUCAGAAAGGAGAGGGAAAAAAAGCUAGACAAAUGUAUAAAUUUAUGGAAAACCUGCAUUUGGGACACCAGGGUAUUUGCCCCAGGGCAGGAAAGCCGUCCUGGAGAAAUUCCUAGGAGUGCCACAGGCCACGUGUUCACUGGGCCAUCCUUGUGCUCUCCAGCAAGUACCGCCUGCUUCAGCCUCCUGCUUGUCCUGCAUCUAGAUUAGAGGUCUUCAGCUUGCACAGGGGGCUGGAUUGUUGGGCAUGAUAUUUGGUCAAGGUAGGAAAGGUAAUGAGUCACAUCUAUUGAUGGCUUUUUGUAGCAGGAUGUUUGGUUAAAACAAACAGUAGCCUUACGCUCAUGAAACAAAUGGCAUAAUUAAAUGCUAUCUAUCUUCCAUUACCGUGUAUUCCAAACACACACGCACAGAGCCACAUAAAAUUCACAUGCACUGUUAAAUAAGAUGGUAUUCAAUACAGACUUAAUGCUGAGGACUGCCACUAAAAUGCACUCUAGAAAUAUUAACAUUACUAAUAGCCUGUUAGAAGAAAACCAAUCUUUCUUUCAUUCUUUAAAAUCCUUCUGGAUUAUCUUUCCUCAUAGUGAAGGUAAAAGGAAGUUGAACGUUCCAGAGUGUCUGUGAACUAACCUUCUGUGCAGAAAAGUGACUGAUAGAAAACGCAGGUGGCAGGAAUUGGUAGACUUCAGAUGCCUGAAACUAGCUCUCAGCCUGGACUGUGCACAGCAUCACACAAGCUGUGGAGUGAGGAAGAAGGGCUACUUUGUGCUUGGAUCACUUAAGGGAGUCAUACUUUAUGCCGCCAGUUUCUUUGUAUUUAAGGGAUUUACAAGGAAAAGAGCUUCCAGCAGUUCUUUGCUCCUGCUGUGAGGAAUAGAAAUGGCCAGUGCUAAACCACUGGUGUUUAACAAUUGACAGUCGAGCAUAGUACCAAAGAUGAGAAGAGGAUCCAACAAACAGCGAUGAUAAGAAAUGACAACUUCUUUUUGCCUUGAUACCACCACAGGUGACCUGACAGCUAUGUCUUCGGAUUUUCUUUUUUUUUUUUUUUUAAUUCCCUCUGUUAUUCCUUUUCUAUUUCUGGUCAUAAAUGUUGUAAUGUUGCAAAAUUAUCUGUCCUGAGUGGUACAGUGAGAACCUGACCUUGUCAAGCAUCGCAUGUACUAGACAGGAAAACACUGAACAAGAUUUUCCAGUUCACUUCCUUCCUGUUAAAGCUUAAUGACUUUUCUACUUGCAUUUCUCAGACUUUUCAGAGCAAACUCAGGAGUGACAGGGUUGAUUACAAAAGAAAUCGAGUGCCUUUUUGUUUUUUAAAGAUAACCAGCCAAAGUUCUGAGUCUUCAUUAGAUUGCUUAGUUGGGGAGCCAUGUACAGGGAAACAAGUCACAGGCUGUGUGUUUAAACUGUUGCUGUGACGUCCAGGAGGUCACACAAGUAUAUAUACAGGAUAUAUAUAUAUACAUAUAUACAUGAUAUAUAUAUCAUGUGUUGAAGCCUCUCCAAGCCAGUAAUUCAUCUCUGCAGUCUCAAAUCAGUGUAGGAGUGUACAGGCAACACAAAUCAGCAACGAGAAUGGUGACAUAUUCUGUCUGCUCAAUAGGCUGUAGCCACAAACCCACAGUUGGUAAUACCAGCUCAGUGUAUAAUGAUCUCUUGCUCAUUGCUGAGCAUAAGGAGAGUUUCUUUUGCAUGAGUGGUUGAGCAGUGCAAGACUGCCUCAUUACAUGCCAUAAGUGAGUUACACCUGGGACUCAUGCCCCUGGUCUGUUUUCAGGGCAUAGGGCUGGUGGAAGUGAAUGUGACCUCUAACAGAGAGUGUCCAUUUCAGAGGGGCUCAGAUGGUGCCACCUGCAAGAACUGUGUCCUGAAUUUCCCAAACAUGAGACCUGAUUGACCUUGUUCUCAGAACAAGGUUAGAGCUAAAUAUAACCCAUAGUUGCAAGGUGCAUUUACAGGGCUUUGAGAUAUACUGCAAGUUUGUCCAGUAUCUGCUUUUGUUUUGUGUGUAAAGGUUAUCUGCUAAACAGUGUGCUUUCCUGAACUCAUAUGAAGGGUGUAACUGACUUCUUGAAAUUAAACUUCUUCAGUAGUAUGGGCUAGUCUGGCUAAAGUUAAAACCACUGUUAGGAAGCUGCAAAAUUAACUAUAUUAUAUUACAAAACUGUGUUAUUAACUGCAUUAUUAGCUAUAUUAAGUUAUGAGAAAUUACAUGCAGUGGAAUCACUGGGAAAAAGAUAUAUACAUACCAGGGUGUAAAUUGUGCUUCCAAAUAACCAAGUUCCUGGAGGCAAUCAUGGCCAGGCUGGAUGGGGCCCUGGGCAGCCUGAUCUGGUGGGUGGGAACUCUGCCCGUGGCUGAGGGUUGGGACUGGAUGGGCUUUAAGUUCCCUCCAACCUGAACCAUUCUGAGAUUCUCUGAUUCCUAGGUAAACACCUCUAUUGCCUUCUCUUUCCCAGAUGAAACCAGUUUUCUUCUUCCACGAAAAGAGCUGUGAAGCAAUAGCUGACCACGUUGGCAACAAAGACAACAAAGUAUUUGUCACAGCCAAGGAAAAGAAUUAUGCCACGUGUAGCCCGUUAGUGAUGGCAUGUGGAGGUGUUGUCUUGUGGGGUGCUGUAAAGAAUAUCUAAGUAGCUACAACUGGCUUCAGAAACAUUUCCUCAGAGAGGGUGAUUAUUCCUAUGCCCUGACAGAAGAUGCGAUGCAGCUGAGAAAUCAUUUUACAUCUUUCUCAUGAAGACAAAACUUCUGAUUUUCAUUCAGAAUAUUCCCUAAACUAUUCUCCAGCUCUGUAAGAGAACUCUAAAGCAAAACCAUUAAUAUGAAAAUAUUGGUAAAACAGAGCUAUUCCCACUGGAAGCCCUAGAAAUGAUCCAAAUCUGUGUAAAACUUGAGUACAAAUCAAUGCAAUAAUGAGACUUCUAAAAUUUAUCCUAAACAUUUUUAGUGGAGAGGAAUGGGCACAUUUAGUAAAUGCAUGCCAAAUGGUUUAUGUGAAGCACAUUUCUGUAUUGUUCUGAAAAUACAUAUGGUUUCAUUUAACCAUCUGCUUUAAAAAUACCUGUAGGAAUGAAUGAGCUAAGGUUGCCUCAGGAAUGGGACUGGAUGGAAGCUACUGGGCAAUAGCAUGACCCAGAUGGUAGUGAAUGAUCUGUCGUGCUAGCACGUUACUACAUGAGUCCAGAAGAUGGGACAUUAAUACAGAACUGCCAGAUGGGGCAGAAAACUUGGGAACUGCACGAAUGUAAAUGGAAAAAAAAGAGAUACUUGAUUUGCGAGACCUUUUAAAGGUCAAAAUCCAGCACAAUCUGAGGGAAGUUACUAGAGGAGAAACCGAUAAAGUUUAAAAACAAAAUGUGGAGCUAGGAUUAUCAAUAUGGAGCUAAUCUGCUUCACUUAUUUGUAUUUCCACUCAUUGUUCUUUGUUGUAAAUAAACACAGUUUCAAGACUGGAUACUACUCAUAGUUCACUUUUUUUUGAUAAGAACUUAAGCAGCAGUUUAAACUCUCAUUUCUAAUGAAAAUCAGUCCUUGUUAGAACACUGGACUUUCUGUCAACUUCACAAUCACAGAACAGUUGAUGCUGGUGGGGGCCUUAGGAGAUGACCUAGUCCAGGCAUGUCCAGGACUUCCGGGCCAUGGGCCACAUGCAGUCCUGCCCAGUGCAACCUGUGUUGUUCCCAGCCCUGUGCCAUUUUGGUGGCUGUUCCCUGCCAAGUGGCUUGGCCUGACUCUUGGUAUGCACCCAUUGCUCAGCACCAGGACAACAGUCAGGGCUGAAACCAGCAUGAGCAGAGGGCUCUGUGCAGUGCUAAAUCAAGCUGUGGCAAAUAAUUUUAUGCAUUCUGUUAUAUUGGCUAAAUACAGUCAUCUGAACAAUGAAAAAUAUGCAGCCAUGCUUUCCAUUCUGAUAAAGGAAUUUGAGAAUAGGUUUCAUGAUUGCUGAAAAAAAUCACCAUUUCUUUGGUAUAUUUGUGAUUGUUAAUGUUUCUAUAGAAAAUCCAACAAAAAUCUCAAGCUAUUUGGACUGACUGUGUUUUGCAGAUACAAAAUACUUAAAGCUGUGAAUGCAGAUGUUUCUAGUGAUGAGCUGAAUUUGUUUAUUUGAAAAUAAACGUGUCACCAAGAUGCUCUAAGAGCUUAGUGUGUCUGAAGUGCUGAUAUGGGGCAGGUUGGAUACAUGUUUCUCCAUGCUAGGAGAAACAUGGGUGUAAAUAUUCAGUAUGUGUGAUGAGAGGACUGUCUGUUGAAAGGAUAAUGGUGGGGUACAGAAUUUGAAUCAAAUACUGUUAGGAGCAGUCACAAGGGACAAUGGUUUCAAACAUAGAGUAGUGGUGGGAUAUUUCUGCUAGCUACAUAAAUACAGUUAAAUGAAUACAGGCCUAUGCAACCAAACAUUCUGUAAACCACGAAACAGGAGAUGUAAGAAAAUCUUACUUAAAACUAAGUCCUGCAGGUUUCUUGAGACUAUGUUCACUUCAAACUCACAGAAAUACAAGCACUAACAGUAUCUACUGUGUAGAAUUCCCUCAGGUAUAUAAAAUAGGAGAAAAAAAAGAGGAAACUGCUGAUAUUAGAGUACAUCUUAAAAUAUCACUGACCUCAUUUAAUGCAACACUACAGCCCAUUGGACCAAGCAGGCUGGGCAACAGCAAGAUUAAGGAAACAAAAUGAGGGCUUCUUAUAUCUCUCAUGAAAUUAAAAUCAUUCCAGAAAAAAAAGAAAAAAGCAGGGCUAUACUAAUGUCAGACUAACUUCUCAGGGGAGAAAAGGUGAUAGUUGCUAAGUUACCAUUUGCCUUUACUAUAUGUUUCUUCUCCAGCAGUUUCUGCUCUAUGCUGUCACCCAUACAUGUUUUGUAUGUCUGUGACUGAUAAACAUAACAGAAGUCUACUCUGGACAUGUGAGUGGGAAGCAGGCAGUCAGGCUCUCCAUCAGUGUGUAUGAAACUAGACAAUUCAUGAUUUAUGCUGUUGCUGAAGAGACUGAGGCACCAGUGCAUUAUCAUGAUUAAUUUCACAAAGCUUACUUAGAAAUGACACCAGAAAAGAUAUCUAAUGGCAUGUUGUUUCACUCUUAAAAGUAACAUCUAAUAUGCAUUUACAAGGAAGAAGAGGGAAAUUAAAACCUGCUUUCCUGUGGUAGUCUGAUAGAUAAAAUGAGAGGUGGCAUAUUUCUGAUUUUUCCCUGUUUGAGGAAGCUUCAGUCUGCAAAGGAGAGGGGAACAGCUUCACCUCAUGCAAAAUCAAUGACUGAACUUCAGUGUAAUGCUUAUGAAAGUAGGUCAUUCAUGGGUCUGCAGUGGUUACAGGCACUGUCUAGCGAGGCUGCCAGUCACACCAUGCUUACUUGGGAUGUUUUGGAGUUAACUACUCUAUCAGGUCAGGACAGCAGUGCCCUUCCUCCAUGUGCACCCUGGCCAAACGCAUUGAAGAACAUUUUGUGAAUGUACCUCUAUGUGUUUCUCAGCCACUGAACUCCAUGAACUGCUGACAUUUCUUGGGGCAGCUUUGACUUACCAAACAGGUUCUUGAGUGAAGGCUGGUAAAACAGUGAGGUUCAGCAGCCUCAUGGUUAACUUCCCAGACUGCAUCAAAACUGUCAAACCA